AUGGAAGAUUCCUCAGAUGAUGACUAUGCGCCUUCAAGACUAUACAUAUUCCCUUACUUGACAGUUUCUAACAUUCGACAUUCUUUGCCACCUUAUGAUUACGGAGAUUAUGAGAGAAUGGGCUUACCACACGUUCUCGCUGUGCCAUACCCUGCUCAAGGCCAUGUCAUUCCCAUCAUGGAGGUCUGCCACUGCUUGGUGGAUCAGGGCUUCAAGGUCACCUUCGUCAAUACCGAGUUCAACCACAAGCGUCUGCUCGCCGCGUUGUCCGAGGAGAGCACUAUGGAGCAUAUCGUUCUGGUCUCGGUCCCUGACGGAUUGGGGCCGGGGGAUGACCGGAACGAUCUCGGGAGUCUCACGGAAUCAUUAAUGAAGGUGAUGCCGCGGUGCUUGGAGGAACUAAUCGAGAAGAGCAACGAAACAGAGGAUCCGAUGACUUGCAUGUUGGUGGAUGAAACCAUGGGAUGGGCUCUCGAGGUUGGCCGGAAGAAAGGUCUCCGGUCAGCCGCGUACUGGCCAGGCUGCGCCCAGAUGCUGGCCACUAAGCUGAGCAUUCCGGAGUUGGUUUCGAGAGGUGUCAUCGACGGCUAUGGCAAACUAAUCUCAGAACAUGAGCCGUUCCAGCUCGGUCCCGGCAUGCCAUUCAUCGACGAGCCCCAUUUGAUAUGGAAUCUAAUUGGAGAUGGGUCAGAUGGCAGAACCAAAGAAAUAGUGUUUAACAACAUCGUCCACAACAACAGGUUCAUCGACGUCGCUGAGUUCAUCCUCUGCAACUCCUUCAAAGAGAUCGAAGAGCCAACCUUCCGCUACAAUCCAAAGAUUCUUCCCAUCGGGCCGUUGUUCACCGGCCUCCGGCCGAGCCGCGCCGUGGGGCACUUCUGGCCGGAGGACGCGGCCUGCUUGUCGUGGCUGGACGAGCAGCAGCCGGGUUCCGUCGUCUACGUGGCCUUCGGGAGCUUCACCAUCUUCGACCGCCUCCAGUUCCAGGAGUUCGCGCUUGGGCUGGAGGCGACUGGCCGACCGUUCUUGUGGGUGGUGCGGUCCGACCUCACCGACAGCUCUGCCGAUGUUUAUCCGGAUGGAUUCAAAGAGCGUGUCGGAGACAGAGGGAGGAUUGUGGCUUGGGCACCGCAACAGAAGGUGCUGGCUCACCCUUCCGUCGCUUGCUUCGUGUCUCACUGCGGUUGGAACUCCAUCAUGGAAGGAGUCAAGAACGGGAAGCUCUUCCUUUGCUGGCCAUAUUUUGGAGACCACUUCCUGGACCAAAUCUAUAUUUGUGACGAUUGGAAGGUGGGUCUGCGCUUGACGCCUGACGAGAGUGGGAUCGUUAAGCGGGAACAGGUGAAAUCCAAGGUAGAAGAGUUGCUUUCGAACGAGGAGAUGAGAACAAGGGCAUCGAUGUUGAAGGAGAACGCCCGGCAGAACACUAACGAAGGAGGCGCUUCGCUGGAGAAUCUUAAGAUCUUUAUGAAUGCUUUCAAGGCAUAG